AUGGCUGACAUUCCCAAAAACGUUCUUCUUACUUUGAGGGAAGCUGCUGCGAAGCAAUCGGCAAGUGGUGGACAGGGAUAUAAGAAAUGCAAUUGCAAAAUUGCUAAAAAUCAGUGUCAGACAAAUAGAUGCAAAAACGCGUCGAAAACUCAGAAGAAGAUAUGCGCCGUGUACAGAGAGAAUGCCGUAAGCGAACGUGUAUGUCAGAAAUGGUUUGCGAAAUUUCGUUAUGGAGACUUUGAUCUCAAAGAUGCUCCUUGCUCUGGUCGGCCAGUCAUCACUGAUGACCAAAUCAAGGCUUUAAUCGACUCCGACCGGCAUUUGACGACUACAGACCCAAUAAACACAAGUACGUCCUAUACAAAUAAGGAUAUCCCACGGACAUCCGUGUCGGACCAAUCGGAUGUCCUUCGGACGUCUAAUGGACAUUUGAUGGACGAAAAUACAGUACCUCCAUUGGAUGUCGAAUUCGAAUGUCUUAUGGACAUUCGAUGUACGGUGCUAUUUGGGUGGUUGAAGCGCGAAGAGACUGCUCAGACGGUCGCAAAGGCUGGAUUACACCCGAAGAAGGUAAUGCUCUGUAUCUGGUGGGAUUGGAAUGGAAUCGUCUAUUAUGAGCUGCUGCCACCCAACCAAACGAUUGAUUCGACCAAGUACUGCUCAUAA